GAGGAAGUUGUGGCAAGUUCCAUGGCGGUCAAUGGACUCGAGCUCUGAAUCCUUCUAGAUUCUUCUGGAAUGCUCCACACUCGCUGAUCGUAUGCAUUUUCCAAUCCGGCCGGCCACCCUCUAUCGGAGCAUUUCACUCUCGAUCUUCUAUCAGUUUCAUCGAUCGCAAGUUCAUUGUUUCCUUUCUCAACAAUACAUUUUGAGGAUCGAAGAUGUUCGGAGUCGUCUUUCCCAAUCGAAGCUUUCCGAUGGAUAUUUCAGCUUUUUCUCAAAUUGACACUUCCCAUUGGGUUCUUGAUAUGAACACAUUCGUCGGUGAAGCGUACGAUCAGAUUCGUGAAAUGUGCAUUUUCUUAUUGAAUAAUUUCACUCUUCCGCCUGAUAAAGCCCUAGCUGUGUAUAUUCAGUCUCCUGGAUCUCAUUUUCUUUUCUGUGGUGCUGUAACCCUAGCCAGGCCUUCGGCGGUGCUGACACUUCCAUGGCCGGAGCCUAGUGGUCAGAUGCAACUCAUGCCGGCCGAUUCGGCUCCCGUCUCAGCUAAAAUUGGAGUCUCGGUGGAGGAUUUGGCUUCCCUGCAAUCGCUUGAUGUCACGGCGGAAAAGCGAAUUGAGCGUCUAGCCCUAAAAGUUGGUGAGAAUCUCUUCAACUUCAUGCAAUCUUUCUGCGGUGUUGAUGGUUCAAAGUUGGUUGUGCCAAUGGAUAUCUUGGACAGAUGGUUCAAGAAGUUUCAGGAGAAAGCCAAGCGUGAUCCUGAAUACUUGAAAGGCUUCGUUUUGUAAGGCUCCAUUUCAUCCCCCAUCUCUUUUUGUGAGGGGGAAGAGUUUUGAGACGCUGUAUUGUAGUGUAGGUGUGUUAAUGAAAUUAAGUUUGAAUGUUUCUUCACCAUAUUCAUGAAUCUCUGUUCUUCAGAUAGUGUAUCUCAAUUUUAAUUUGAAAGAAAAUGGGCGUCGCCAUUGCUGCAGAAGAUAGCGGCUUGUGGUUUGUUAGUCUCUGAACUUUCCCAUUCUUUCCAAGCUCUCUGGCUGUACUUUCACUAUACAUGCUUUGGUUUCUGUGAUUUUUAACAUUAUUGUAGGUUCGUAGUCGUGGGGAUUUCAGCAAUUGACUCCAUGAUGACUUGGUUGAGCGCUCUCUGUCUCUCUCACCACCAUGGCAAAGGCCCUUUGGGUUGACAAGAGGCUCAGAAGCUUUUCUCCUCAAGCUCUGAAGAAUGGCAGAUCAUAUGCUGGCUGGGAUCACCAGCAAACUGUUCUAAAUGUUCUCUAAAACAGAAUCAUAUCAAAUUCAUUCCAACAAAUCAACAUCAAUUUUCCUGUAAGAUCUCCAUCAAAUCCAACUUUUGUAAACUCCUUCAAUGCCAUUUCUUCUCUGAUUAAUAAUGAUUCACACUUGUUAUA